AAUGGCAGUAUAAAAAGGUUGUAACGCGCGCAGCAACGGCAAAGCCAAGCUGCUGCGGCGUCGCCCAUCAGCUCACGUACCAUCUGGUUUUGAUCAAGAAUGGCCACCCGCCAAGCCACCGCGGCUGUCACCCUCGCUUUCCUUCUCCUUACCACGGCCACCCUCCCCGCCGCGGCGUCGCCCGGCGCGACGUCGCGCAAGGUGCUGUGGAAGGACUACCCCGCCAACCCGUUCUGCCCGUGGGACGCCGUCAAGUUCGGCGCGUGCGUCGGCGUGCUCGGCGCCGUGGGCCUGCAGGCCGGCGCGCAGCUCGGGAGCAAGUGCUGCCAGCUCGUGGACGGGCUCGCCGCGGCCGAGGCGGCCGCGUGCUUCUGCACCACCGUCAAGGAGACCGUGCUCGGCAUCCCCACGGAGUGGACCGUCGGCGUCGGGGUCCUGGCCAGCGCCUGCAAGACGGAGCUUCCCGACGGGUUCAAGUGUGUCUGAUCGAUGGUCACGAGUGCAUGCAUGCUCUCUGUGGCUUGCUGUCGAUGUGAAAUUUUAUUUGCUUUGCUGUCCGAAAUAACAUCGGUCGUUGUCCUUUUGCUUU